UCGGCUUUGGAGCGGGUGUUGUCAGUAGAUCAGUUGUCCGGGCAAAGUCGCUGUCUACAGGAGCAGAACGCAGUGGGAGUGGAAAAGGCGUUGCAAGACUGCGAGAAGCGCCUUCGCGAUGAGUACGAGACGAAGCUGGAGAAGAACUACCGUCUGAUUGAUGAGCUUAUUGCGGAGAAAAAGGCGCUUACAGAACAGUGUGACAAAUUGGUUGCUGACAUGCGCCAAAUCUCCGAAAAGGCGCUAGCCAAACAAAAGCUUAUGGAAGAGAACCACAAAGUCGAGCUGAAAAAAGCGGAGGCUAAGGCGGCUGCGGCAGAAAAGAUAAAGCGAGAGAGGUGGGAGGCGGCGAAAACAAAGUCUAUUAAGGUGAGCAAGUCCAUUGCGAUGCGCCAUUGA